UUCGAUUUUCUGAUUUUGCAACGAAGACGUCGCUAGCUUCGCUCUGCACCCAGUCUCCAGUUUCCAAGUCUCUCAAUUGUUCGUUCGGUUAACGUUUUGUGUUUCAUUUCCAAUUUGCACUCAACUGUGAGCAGCCGCGACCAAUCUGUCAGCCAGCAUGCGCCUUCUGUUGGCCCUGGUGGCGGUGCUAGCUGCGGCCGGCGUCUCUGCGGAUGUUUCGCAUCUGGACACGGAUUUGCGCGAGGAUGGAUAUCAUUAUAAGCAGCCGUCGCAGCCGUUUCCGCCUCCGCCCACGGGCAAUGGCAUUGAGGAUACGGGUGUGAUUCCCGGACCAGGUCCUUCGGCACCGGCACCAUCUUAUGGCCCGCCGCAGACGCAACCACCACGUCCGCCACCGCAGCCUGCGCCUACAGCUCCGGGUCCUUCUUAUGGUCCGCCACAGACGCAGCCACCACGCCCGCCACCGCAGCCUGUGCCAACAGCUCCUGGUCCUUCUUACGGACCACCGCAGACGCAACCGCCGCGCCCACCACCGCAGCCACAGCCUACUGCUCCCGGACCAUCUUAUGGACCACCUCAAACGCAGCCACCUCGCCAGCCGCCACAACCUGUGCCAACAGCACCAGGUCCUUCAUAUGGACCGCCCCAAACCCAACCUCCGCGUCCACCGCCACGACCGAUACCCACGGCUCCGGGCCCUUCAUACGGACCACCGCAAACUCAGCCACCGCGUCCGCAGCCACAGCCACAGCCUACAGCUCCGGGUCCGUCUUAUGGUCCUCCACAGACUCAGCCUCCACCACCACCACCCGCCGGUCCGGAAUAUCUUCCGCCUGAUCAACCUCAGCUGCCCAAACCACGUCCCACUCCGCAGCGUCCUCCACCACCUCCGCCACAGACCGAGUAUGGCCCGCCACCGACGCGCCCUCAACCACCAAGUCCCCAACCACCAAGUCCACAACCACCAAGCCCCCAGCCACCGCGUCCGCAGCAACCUGGCGCUGAGUAUUUGCCCCCAUCUGGUCUCCCACCACCGCCCACUUAUCAGCCACGCCCACCGCCAGCUAGCCCACCCGCACCACCCACCUAUCAACCACGUCCACCUGCACCACCUGCACCACCUGCACCGACACCCGGUUACGUGCCACCUCCCGGACCUACCUAUCAGCCACGCCCACCUGCACCACCAGCACCGCCGACAUAUCAGCCACGGCCUCCAUCUCCGCCAGCUCCUCCAGUACCUACUCCCGGCUAUGGUCCUCCUCCUCCUCCUCCUAGUCCGCCCGCACCACCCACUUACCAGCCACGGCCACCAGCACCGCCUGCACCACCUACCCAGGAGUAUGGUCCUCCACCUUCUGGCCCACCAGCGCCGCCCACUUACCAGCCACGCCCACCGGCACCACCUGGUCCACCCGGACCACCCACGGACGCUGGUUCCUUGGGACCCGAUGGCUACAACUACAACAAGCCUGCCAAGCCGUUUACCUUCUAGAUGCUGCCAACCACCCAGACACACACAUACUUACACUCUUAGUAUUCUUAGCGUAAAGCUUUCUGGACCCAAUUACUAGAGCCCCCGCACCCACCCGCCGGACUUUUUAGGGUACACUUUGUAAAGAAACCUUUGUAAAGCAUCGCUUCCAAAUAAAGUAAAAUCUAAACA